AUGGAAUUUGCUACUGUUAGUGAAGCUUAUGAAUUUUAUUACCGGUAUGGUAAAUGUAAGGGUUUUGCUAUUAGGAAAGCUUCUAGUAGGAUAAAAGAGUUAGAUGGUAAUAAAGUAACACAAAUGAAGCAGUUUGUUUGCAACAGACAUGGUUUAAGAGAGAAGAAACAUUUAACCAGGUUAGAUAGGAAAGUAGAACAUAGACGUUUGAGCCGUACAAAUUGUGAAGCUAGGUUUCGUGUGCAAUACAGAAAACAAAAGGAUAGAUAUGUAGUUACUGCUUUCGUAGAGUGUCAUAACCAUGAAUUAACCCCAGCUAGGUUUGUUCACCUGCACCCUGUUUAUCGUAAAAUAUCUGAAGCAGAUAAGGCUCAGAUUGAUGGUCUUCAAACACGUGGAAUUAGAACUUGUCAUAUAAUGGGGUACAUGAUUGCCCAGAAGGGUGGAUAUGCUAGUGUUGGAUUUACAAAGAAAGAUUUGUACAAUUAUUUUGAUAAAAAAAUGUGUGAGUGUAUUAAAGAUGGUGAUGUUGUCGCUUCUUUAAAUUAUCUUAAUGUAAAGUCGUCUACUGAUCCCAUGCUAUAUGCUGAGUAUGCCGUCGACAAUAGUAAUGGACGAAUGAGGUCUCUAUUUUGGGCUGAUGGCAGUAGCAGAUCAGACUACUUUUGUUUUGGUGAUGUGCUUGCCUUUGACACGACUUACCGGAAGAAUAAAUACAACUAUCCAUUGGUUGUAUUUUCAGGGUGUAACCACCAUUCUCAGACAGUAAUUUUUGGUGCUGCAUUGGUAGCAGAUGAAACGACGGAGACGUACAAGUGGGUGUUGAAUUGUUUUUUAGAGUGCAUGGAAGGUAAACAACCAAAAGCAGUGGUAACAGAUGGAGAUGGGGCAAUGAGGGAGGCCAUAAAACAGAUUUUUCCCGAUGCCACCCACAGGUUAUGUGCUUGGCAUUUGAAUAAGAAUGCAGUUGAGAAUGUGAAAGAUAAUCCAGAAUUUUUGGACGGUUUUCAAAAAGCCAUGUACUCAAAUUUCACAAAGGAUGAAUUUGAAGAGUAUUGGUCAGAGCUAAUUAAAGAAACUGAAGUGGAACAACAUCCAUGGGUUGUCAAAACUUAUGAGAAUAGGUCACUAUGGGCAACUGGAUAUCUACGUGAUCAGUUUUUUGGACGUAUAAGGACUACGUCUCAAUGUGAAGCUGUUAAUGCAAUAAUAAAGACUUAUGUCAGGACGAAAGGCUGCAUUUUUGAAUUCAUGCAUAAUUUUGAUCAGGUUUUGAGAGAUUACAGAAAUAAUGAAUUGGAAGCUGAUUUUAAGUCAAAGUUUACGGUACCUGUGUUGACAACUCAACUGCGUGUGAUUGAGAGUGAUGCCGCCAAUACUUAUACUGCGGAGAUUUUCAAAGAAGUUAAAGAGCAAAUUCUGAAGGCUGGUGCAUUGAUAGUUAAGCAUAAAAGUGAUCACGGGGAUACAAAGAUUUAUACAUUAACAAAAUUUUGUAACGAUACAUAUGAAAGGAAAGUUGUAUUUGAUGGUACCACAUUGCAAUGUUCGUGUAAGUUGUUUGAUUCUCGCGGUGUUCCAUGUUCUCAUAUAUUUUAUGUCAUGAAGGAUGAACAUGUUGAUCAUAUUCCUAGGCCCUUGGUAUUGUCGCGAUGGACCAAGGAUGCCAAAAUUGAGUAUUUGAACAACAUGGAAUGUAAUGGUGAUGUUGAUUCGAACGUAGUUGAGGAAGCUCGUUUUGGUGCAUAUUGUUCGGCCUUUACAAGUUUUUGCAAAGAAGCUGCAAAAAAGAAUGGUGUGUAUGGCCAAAUUUUGGAUGACAUUAUGAAAUUACAAAAAAAGUACUGCAUUAAUGAUGAUCCUAUUAUUGGGACACAAAAUCCAGCAGUCGGUGAUCCGGUGGCGGUUAAGAGUAAAGGUGCUCCAAAGAAAAAAAAGAAAGAACCAAAAUCUGUCAGGCGAUGUGGAAAAUGCAACGCUACAACUCAUAAUGCGAGGACAUGUUCCGAGGGUACACAAAAAGCGACAGAACCAAUAGUUGAUUUGCAGUCGGUGUCGAUAUCUGAUGCUAUAAGCCAAAUGGAUGAGAAAAAGAAAAGAAAAGCAACCUGCAAUGUUGACAGAAGUGUGCAAAAGAAGGGUUCACGUCCACCGAUACACCGUGGCGCUAAGGCCACAGUGACAACACAAGCAGACACAAAUGGAUGUUACAAUCAAAUGCAUUUCCAAGCACAAAUGGAUGUUACAGGCACAAGCAGACAUUUAAAUGCAAUGUGUGGAGUUCAACCUGUUAUGCCGAUGGUACCUCAUAUGUUUCAACCAAUGCAUUUGCAACCCGUAUACCCAAUGUAUGGAAUGAGUGUUGGGCAAACUGCAAGUUCGUGCUACGGUAUGCUACAACAGAGUGUCGGGCAAUCUUCACGUUCGUGCUACAGUCUGCUACAACAAGUUGAAAAGGCUACUACUGAUGAUUGA